AUGGCUUCCCAUUUCGCUGUGGAUGAAUUGGCUCUCCUGAGGGAGAAGAUUGACCAAAGAGCUCCCCGUCUUUUUCAAACAACCAAGGCCGGAUCUCAAUUGGAGGUGGUGCGCCUCUCGCAGCCAGAGACUCCAGAUGGAGAAAAAGAAUCAAAUCAGAAUCAGCAGGUCGAUGAUCGAUCUCAAAUCGAGGCAUUGAGAAGGGAAGCAAACAACUGUUCCCAGCUCUUUAUCAUCCGCCAGAAGCGUUCUUGGACCAACUUGGAUAUCUUCCGCGACUUGUUCGAAGAUUUCAUAGGCAUCUACGACAUCUUCCCGCAACUCUGGAAAUGCUUGUUCGCCUUCGGAAAGAAGCUCCGGGAAAAUGAAUUCGAAUUCCCCGGGUUCAUCACUCGCUGCACCUACCCCGUCGACACGGAUGGCAGUGAAAUUUGCGAGCUGUCUCCAUGGUAUAUCCAUUGGCUGCUUCUUGCAGACAGCUCGAGAGGCUGGGGUGACUAUAUGGCUUGGUUGGAGGAACAACUGAGAGAGCAGUCCGAACCGAUCCUUUUUGCUAGGGUUGGUGUCGAGAAAGACAGUCGCUCCCAUUUAGACGAUUUUCAGGUCAGUUUCGUCGAUCGACAAAAGCUCAAACAACUCGAGGACUACAUCACCGAUUUACAAGUAAUCCUCGACACUAUGGUCCAUACAGCAACAGGAAUCCGUACACAGUGUCUGAAGUGGUGCUCGAGAAAUUGCACCGGACGUGAAAGAUGUUGCUGUGAAUCAUUUCUCGAGGAGUUCAACCGCUUUGUCAACGAAGCUCAGAUGCAUCUUUCACGCGCGCAAGUAUUACAUGAGAAAGUACAGUCUACUGCAAAACUGUUGUCCAACUUGUUAGACUACGAGGAGGCAAACGCAUUAAAAGGCCUGGCGCGAGCAUCACAUGAAGAGGGUAGAUUGAUGUCGGUAUUAACGGUGAGCAGGCGUUCGCUACCAGAGAAAGCAAAAGCACAUCUAACCCGAGUCUUACAGCUUCAAGGCACAAGAGACGCUGCAGCAGUCAAGAUCUUGACUAUUAUCAGUCUCAUCUAUCUCCCUACCACCAUUGUCGCCAAUUUCUUCUCAACCGUCUUUGUGCAUACUAACAACCAGGGUGAUAUCCAAGUGUCUGCCCAAGUCUGGAUUAUGGCGGCAGCCUCAAUCCCCUUGACAAGUCUAACAAUUGCCUUGUGGUGGGCCUGGGUGCAUUUUGCCCCACCCCUGCAGGCAAACUCGCGUCAAUCCACUCUUAAAAACGCCUAUGGCAUGCUGCGGUCGUUGUUUUCUCGCGGUCGAAGCACCCAAAGGGAUCUAGAAAGCGGCAUGGCUUGCCCGCAGUUUGGGGACAAGCAGUUCACUCGCUCCCCCACCAGCGUCAGCACUUGGUCUACCACUGCAACAGCCUUCAGAGAGAAAUAA